AUGAAGCUCACAAAAUGGAGAGAGAUCAAGAUGAAGGACAUGACGGCCCUCCAACUUCUACAAAAUUCUAUCACAGAUUUUGUCUUCCAGAAGGUGAUAACGGCCACAACAUCAAAGGAGGUGUGGUCCAAGUUGCAAGAAGUAUAUCAAGGUAAUGAACGAGCCAUACUUGUUCGAUUACAAUCUUUACAUACUCAAUUCGAAAAUUUGAGAAUGAAAGAUGGUGAAAGAAUAAGAGCAUAUACGGAUAGAGUGAUGGAUAUCACAAACCAAAUGGAACAACUGGGAGAAGAGAAGAAAAAAUUUGAAAUCAUAAGGAAGAUCCUAACAACGAUGUCAAAGUCAUACGCAACUUUGGCAGCGUUGAUGGAGGAGACGAAAGAUUUAAGAAACAUAAGUGUAACAGAUCUGGUUGGAUCUUUGAUCGCACAUGAAGCAAAGUUCCUACCGGAUGAAGAAGAAAAAUCAGAAGGAGCUUUUCCACCUCGAUCAAAGAAUCACAAAGGAGGUAACAAAGGUCUCUGGAGGUCUAAUCCAAAAGGGGAGAAAUGGUGUGGUUAUUGCAAGUAA